ACCAUCUGCUCGAACCGAGAGGUGUCGCGCUCGAUUUCGCGCACAUGUUUGUUGAUUUAGCUGCACCAUUAUCAGGGCCACGCUUAUAAAUGUACUGUUUUUUGGCUUGUUAUUUGAAGACUGGUUAUAAUUCUUUAUUUCCGUAUAAUGAUAAUGUACGUGCUUCGCAUAAGGCCCAAAUUCGCGCAGUUGCUAUGGUAAACAGAUGACGCUUUGUCACGGGAACUGAAACAUUAGUGCAUUUUGUGUACAUUAGACCAAUCGAGUCAUUCAUAUUUUUCGCUUUACAGAAGUUACAGAAGAACUCAUUUUUGUUAUUUAUUCAACGUUUAAACUCUUAGCCUUUUUUGCUUUCGUUUGUGUACGUUUAUCAAUGCAUUUGCAUGGACACCACGUUGUGACUUGAAUGAGGGGUUCUAUUUUUUGUGAAAUUAUUAACAAUGGCUUUUUAUGAGGCUUACUCUCAUUCCGCUUUAAUAAGAUACAAAACAAAUAUUUUCACGAGAGCAACACUGUUUGUAGUGGUCGUUUUAUCCCUCACCUACAUUUCACCUCUUCUCGUGGCUUACAGAAGUCAAGGCUUCUGGCUGAAGAGAAGCACAUAUGAAGAGCAGCCCGUCAUUCAGUUUCAGUAUGACAUGAUCCUGAUAGGAGCAACAAACACAGCAGGGAAUUAUGUGGCAUGGAGCACAUUUCCUAACUUUAAUCGACUGGUUGGAGAUAGUUUGCGCAUACCGUCCAUUUCUGUUCAGGAGGAGGACAGAAACCAGGAUGGCAAAUCAGAUUUUCUUAAUCUCCAGAUUAACAUCCCACUUAAACCAGAAGAGCAGAUGUUAAGCAUCCAGCUGCUACUCACUUUCUCAUAUCAGCUGUUUAGGAUGUCUACUGUUGCGAUGCAGACCCUUGUAUUUGUUCAGCAUUCCUCAUCUGUACCAGGUUCUCAGCUGUUCAUCAGUGCAGAUCUAAGGCUUCACCAGCGAACUCCUCUUCCUCACCGAGGGGUACAUGCUGUCUACAAUGUAUCAGUGAUUGAUGCAUCCAGUCCAUUUGCAAGUUCUUAUGACCUGGCCAACAUUAUUGGACUCUAUCAGAAGAGAAACUUGACAACUCAACUUUCCGGUGUUUUUCCAGUUUGGACAGUUGGCAGAGCGGCAAAUACUCCAUUCCAGAUAAGAACACAGAUAAACUACCCAGUAGACACCAUUACUUAUCGUCCGGGCUUUUGGGAAACAGUGAAGUUUGCUUGGAUUCAGUAUGUCAGUGUACUGCUCAUCUUUCUCUGGAUUUUCCAGCACAUUCAAACCUUUGUUUUUCAAAAUCAGGUCAUACCAACCACUAAAGUACUACCAUUUAAACAGCACAACAUUUGAUCAGACCAGUGUUGUUCACUUGUGUGUUUUUUAUGUGUGAUUGUCAUUUGGGAAAUAACUUUACAUUAUGACUUUUAAUUUGUUUUAUUUUUAAAUUGAAUUUUCAGCUGUGUGCAUACGUUUCUCCAUUUCUCAAUUUUAAUAACAGUAGAUUUACAGGAGACUCCUAUUCAGGUGUUUCUGGUUUUACAAAAUAUUUUGUGGUUGUUUUAUUAUUUCAGAAGUAUGCAUGCUGUUUCUGUUUUGAAAACCCAGAAAUAUGAUGAACAAUUCGCAGGAAAUUUUUGUCUUCACAGUAUACAUUCAGAUGAUUAUUUUGCAUGUUUGAAUACACCAGCAGAGGAGUACUAUGAAUUCAGUUAGACAUUCUUAUUCUAAAGAAAAUGUCAUAAUAUUAGUACAAACAUAAUUACGUUAUGCACACUUGGUUUAAAGCCUAUAUUGAAGCAAAAUAUAUGGAUGCUAUCAAACCAAAUAUUUCACAGAUUCUUGAGAAAUUCGGAUCACAACCUGCCAUGGUUUUAAACUCGUGGCUACUUUUAAAUAAUUACAGAGAUGUUUACUAGAAUGUUCUUAACACAAAUAAUGCCAUUAAAACGUUUUUUAAAUUCU